AAGAGAAAUAGCUACGGAGAGUGCUACCUUGACAUGGACGUCAAUUUAUAUGGAUAAAUUGAAAAUUUUUUAUUCGCUAAGAAACAACUUAUGUGCUGAAGGUUCAAUAAAUGAUGAGCAAAUACCAGAUAUUGUAAAAAAGAUUUCAAGAUUGGAUAAAGACUUACGCGCCCUUGAAACAGAGAAUAAUGUCGUUGUUCGCUGGACACCGAAUGAUGCCUCAUACCAAGAAGCAUUACAGGAACAACUCGUUUCCAAAUGCCAUCAAUUUUUGGAAAACGUUAAGCCUGUUUCGCAGGAACGUCUUUUUUUGCUAAAACUGAAAGAAAAAUAUUCUGAUGGUCAUGCUUUGUCUAAGAAACUUGCAAAGCAAGUAAAAAAUUGUGAUAAAAAGUUAAAGGAAAUGCUUGUCCAGUAUCACAGCACACGCGACUCUUUAUCGGACGAAAACAAACGAGGUUUUAAAGAAGUUCAAAUUAGUGAUCUGAUGGUUGCGGUAGAAGGAUUCCAACCACUUGACGAACGUGACAGUGAUUCUGCGGUCUAGAUACCAUACACAGUUCGGCGCCAAGCAAUAGACAUGCAACAUCUUGUACGGCGGAGC